CCUUUUUCCUCAUUCACAUCCACAUUAUAAUUAUUCUUCAUUUUCACUGGUUACAUAAUAAUUUAUACUUUCAAAAUCUUAGUUUUUCUUGUUGUUGUGUGGCUUUGUUUAGUGUAGAGAAUUUAAAGAGAAACAUGGGAAGACUUUUCCUGAUCGAUCUUGAAGGAGAUUUCUAUUGCUGCAAGCAUUGCAAGACUGCUUUUGCCCUUGUUGAUGAUAUCAUUUCCAAGUCUUUCCAUUGCAGGUAUGGGAAGGCUUAUCUUUUUGAUAAAGUUGUGAAUGUCUCCGUCGGAGAGAAAGAAGACCGGAUAAUGAUGACAGGAAUGCAUAGCGUCGUCGACAUAUUCUGUGUUACAUGUGGAUCCAUUGUUGGAUGGAAAUAUGAGGCUGCUUAUGAGAAGUCUCAGAAGUACAAAGAAGGAAAGUUUAUUCUUGAAAGGUAUAAGGUUUUGGGGCCAGAUGGAUCCGAAUACAUGCCUCCUCUAGAAGAUGCUGAAGAUGCUUGAUUUACUUCAGGAUCAUUUUGUUUUGAAUUGUUAAUUCCUUAUGAUUCAUUAUGCAGUUAAAAUCCAGU